GAGGCUCGGAUGCGCCCCUGCUGACUCCAGAGAGACGGAGAGACCACGCCGAGUGCCGAGAGGAACUGGAGCAAGGAAGAACCCCAGGUUCGGGGGGAAGAGCGCCUCACCAUGAGCGGCGCGGUGCUGGUGACCCGCCUCCCGGACCCCAGCAGCAGCUUCCGCGAGGAUGCGCCGCGGCCCCCGGUUCCGGGCGAGGAAGGGGAGCCCCCGCCGUGCCAGCCCGGGCUGGGCAAGGGCCAGGCCGCCAGGCCCGCGCCCGCGCCCGCGCCCUCCAGCGCCAGGCGGAACGAAGAUGGCUUGGGGGAGCCGGAGGGACGGGCGUCGCCGGAGUCCCCCCUGGCCAGGUGGGGCAAGUCCUUGCUCUCCUUGCUGGGCGACCAAGACGGCGCCUACCUCUUCCGGACUUUCCUGGAGAGGGAGAAGUGUGUGGACACCCUGGACUUCUGGUUUGCCUGCAGUGGCUUCAGGCAGAUGAGCCUGAAGGACACCAAAACUUCACGCGUGGCCAAAGCGAUCUACAAAAGGUACAUUGAGAACAACAGUAUCGUCUCCAAGCAGCUGAAACCUGCCACCAAGACCUACAUAAGAGAGGGCAUCAAGAAGCAGCAGAUCGAUUCCAUCAUGUUUGACCAGGCGCAGACCGAGAUCCAGGCGGUGAUGGAGGAGAAUGCCUACCAGAUGUUUCUGACUUCGGAUGUGUACCUCCAGUAUGUGAGGAGUGGGGGGGAGAACACAGCCUACAUGAGCAGCGCGGGACUGGGCAGCCUGAAGGUCGUGUGUGGCUACCUCCCGACCUUGAACGAAGAAGAGGAGUGGACUUGUGCCGACUUCAAGUGCAAACUUUCGCCCGCUGUGGUUGGCCUGUCCAGCAAAACUCUGAAGGCGACCGCAAGCGUGAGGUCCACGGAAACUGUUGAAAAUGGAUACAGGUGCUUCAAGAGGAGUGAUCCUGUUAAUCCAUAUCACGUAGGUUCUGGCUAUGUCUUUGCACCAGCCGCCAGUGCCAAUGACAGUGAGAUAUCCAGUGACGCGCUGACUGAUGACUCCAUGUCCAUGACGGAUAGCAGUGUAGAUGGAAUCCCUCCUUAUCGCGUGGGGAGCAAGAAGCAGCUCCAGAGAGAAAUGCAUCGCAGCGUGAAGGCCAAUGGCCAAGUGUCUCUACCUCACUUCCCGCCCCAGAACUUGGCUUCCUAUCUGCUGUUGUGUCUGUGCCUAUCCAAUGCUGAAUGCAUGAAGUUUGGAAGUGAGGAGCCCAUGGGCAGCUUCUUCCUUGCCCAGAGCGCCAAAAAGGCCUGCGCCUUGGAGUCUGCCCGCGCGCCCCCCGGCGAACGAGCCAGCCGGCACCAUCUGUGGGGGGGCAGCAGCGGGCACCCCCGCACCGUCCCCCGUGCCCACCCGUUCGCCCAGGACCCUUCAAUGCCUCUCCUGACCCCACCCAACACUCUGGCUCAGCUGGAGGAGGCCUGCCGCAGGCUGGCUGAGGUGUCGAAGCCCCCGAAGCAGCGGUGCUGCAUGGUCAGUCAGCAGAGGGACAGGAAUCACUUGGCCCCUGUCCCGGCGGGAGCCACGCCCUUCUCCAACCCAAGCCUGGCUCCAGAAGAUCACAAAGAGCCCAAGAAGCUGGCCGGUGUCCACACACUGCAGGCCAGCGAGCUGGUCGUCACUUACUUUUUCUGUGGGGAAGAAAUUCCGUACAGGAGGAUGCUGAAGGCUCAGAGCUUGACCCUGGGCCACUUUAAAGAGCAGCUCAGCAAAAAGGGAAAUUACAGGUAUUACUUCAAAAAAGCAAGCGAUGAGUUUGCCUGUGGAGCGGUGUUUGAGGAGGUCUGGGACGAUGAGACGGUGCUCCCAAUGUACGAAGGCCGGAUUCUGGGCAAGGUGGAGCGGAUCGACUGACCUUCGGGGCCGGCCGUGGUGAACCACAGAGCCCAGAGCUCUCGGGACCUGUCUUGGCCAGGAGCAACUGCGCCAAAACGUUUUGAAGGAAAACUAAACCAAUGAAGAAGACAGAGUCUAGGGAAGAAUUGGUCAGUGGGCUUCAGGAGGGUGGGGGCGGGUGGGUGUUUUCGUUAUUCGUGAGCUGGGUACUGAGCUAAGCAAGGCCUGAACCAUUUAUUGCAAACGUGACCACUCUGGCUGUUGGAGGAGCUAACUGUGAGAGAGACUGCCAUCUGUAAUGCGUGGCUUCUAGGGAUGUAAGUCGAUAAGCUGAGAGGAGCUGUGUGCGCUCACCUGAACAAGAGUCCCCACUGCUAUUUAUCGAACGGUUGACCCCACCCCAGUUUAUGGAUAUGCUGCUUUAAACUUGGAAGGGGAGAGAGAAGUUCUGAGUGUUCUGUCCGAACCUAGGAGCUGGGCUACGAGUGCGGUGAUGGUUUCUUCUUCGAAAGAGGAACUGGGCUUGCACUGCGUUUCUCCAAGCGAAGGCAGACUUUUGAAUGGUCCCUGCCAUUGACACACGCAGAAAUUGGUGCAUUUUUUUCCUAUGCUGCUCUGUUCUGUCCCGGGUCUUGAGUGCUGACCAUGUUGCGUCACCCUUGACGUCUUGGGGGUGGUUCGUCCUGGAGGACACGAGAGCCCUGUCGCUGGGCCCCAGGCUUCCCUGUGGCCCCAUGUCGUGUCACCGCCCUGAGGCUCGCCGUCAGUGGCUGAGGCCGGCCAGGAUCACGGCCCUGUGGUUCAAGUUUUUAUGGAAAUGGCGGUUCUUGGUUUUGGGGUUAGUCUUUGGGCCACAGCCAUUCAGGAAACGACCCCCCUUCCCCGCAGAGAAACGAACAGCUGUGGGGAGACCUAGGCGCACCUUCCCUCCAGACACCUUUGUUUUGACGUUCGGGAUUUUGUGUUAAGUUAAUCUGUACAUUCUGUUUGCCAUUGUUACCUGUACUAUACGUGUGUAUAUAGUGUACGGCAAAAGAGUAUAAAUCCACUAUCUCUAGUGCUUGACUUUAAAUCAGUACAGUACCUGUACCUUCACGGGACCCAUUCCGUGUGUCGCCCUAUAUUGAGGGCUCAAGCUUUCCCUUGUUUUUUGAAAGGGGUUUAUGUAUAAAUAUAUUUUAUGCCUUUUUAUUAUAAGUCUUGUACUCAAUGACUUUUGUCAUGGCAUUUUGCUCUACUUAUACUGUAAAUUAUGCAUUAUAAAGAGUUCAUUUAAGGAAAAUUACUUGGUACAAUAAUUAUUGUAAUUAAGAGAUGUAGCCUUUAUUAAAGUUUUAUAUUUUUCAAA